AUGACCCGAUCACUUUUAGCAGGGCCCGUCAAGCCUAAGCGAAAGUGCACCCGAAGUGUUUCUACCCUUAACCCCUCACAACUGGCCCGCAAAAGAGCCAGAGAUCGAGAGGCCCAGAGGAUCAUCCGCACCCGCACGAAGGAGCACAUCGAGCGGUUGGAGCGCGAUUUGAAGGAGCUCAAGAGCAAUCAGAGCAGCGAUCAGACUGUCAAAGAGCUGUUGCGUCGCAACAAGGCGCUGGAGGAAGAACUAAUUCGACUCAAGAGCAAUACAGGAGCGCCGAUGACUUCAUCACCUUACUCUGUACCAGAUUUAACUCCACGACAGCUCUCGUUAACCUCAAAAGUCUACGACCACAAUCUUAGUACUGGUAGCCAUGCUAUUCCUAGUACGUGCGAAUCGCCAUUCCCUGGCGACUACAACUCCUUCUUCGACCACAGCCAACAAUACGUCCCUCUACCCAAUCACUGCGAAUCUUGGGCGAGCACCACUCCCUGCUCUACCCCCUCCAAUUUCUCGACCCCAUCAUCAACAGUCAAUGCUUAUGGAGCCGAUUGUGUCCCAACCAGCGCACCCACCUUGAUCCUCCCUUGCAACAACACCAGCUCCUCAAGCACCAGCGUUACGGGCCACCAAUGA